UGACCAUUUUAAUGCUGAACUGUACAUGUUGUAAAAGCAAAAUGAAAAGGAAAGCACAAUUUUAUCUAAACACAGCAGUAAUAUUGCAAGAGAGCUCUUUACUGUAUAAAUAAAAAUUACCUCUGCCAAAACGGUGAUGACAGUAAAAUUAUAUACGAAAAACUAUUAGUUAUUUGAGGAUAAGUGUUUCUUUUGGUUGAAAAAAAUCCAAAUCGAUUGUACGGAAAAAAGAUGACUUGUCCAUUUGCACGAGGUUCGAAUUCUCUUCGAAGGCAAUCAUCGGUGGUUGAGCAAAAUUCGAAUUGGGGCAUCGAAGACGAUUUCGCUGAAAUUCCUGAUGCACUCACAUUGACUCACUUACAAGCAGCCAUACAAUUGCUGACCUCUCCUUUGAAUGAAGAUGUCAACACAGCUGUAACAUCUUUGAUAUCAAAAUAUCAAGGAAAAUGGCCAGGAUUGAGUCAAUUGAAAAUGGAUGUUCAAAAUCAUCCCAAUUACGAUUAUUUGGCGGACAUUCAGGACAUUCUAUUAAAAAUGGAUGAAUCAUCGGCAAGUGAAAUACUUGUUCUGCUUGGUGAAGAGUUGAUAGCCACUUGCUGUACUGGCAUUGUUGAGCGAGCUUUUCGAAGUCUCGGUGCUGAUUUACAAGAGUUUUUGGGCGCAUUGGAAGGUGUUCACGAUGUUUUAAAACUACAGGAAGACGGUCAAACCGAUACAGAUUUCAUUUGCGCUGAUGAAGGUGAAUUGAUUUUCACAUCUGAACGUCCGGUCAUAGCAUGGCUAUUGCUUGGUUCAUUGAAAGCACUGACUCGUAUUCUAUACGACAUCAAUGCGAGCAUUGUUAUUGAACCAAUCGAAGGUGACCCAAAAUGCUAUCGCUACUUGUUUACUUUAUCCGAGCAAGAAAAAAAUAGGCUCAAACUCACCGAAAUUGAGCAAGAUGUUAGCGUUCCGAUUUCAGGCCUAACUGCCACCGACUUGAAAAUGAGUCCGGCAACAUUUUGUAAGGCCUUUCCGUGGCACUUUAUAAUGAAUGAAGACCUGGAAAUAAUUCAAAUGGGCAAAGGAUUCAGUAAAUUAUUUAAAAAUUCACUUCCAACACAUGGACGUCUUGUCACGACUUAUGUUAUAUUUAAACGGCCAACAAAUUUAACGAUCAAAUUCCGUGACAUUAUACGACGUUCAAAUACACCAUUUGUUUUGUCGCUUAAACCACUACCGGGCGUUAAAUAUGCAGCAGAGGCACUUGAUGUGAAAGGGCGUAUGGUUUUCUGUCCUGAAUCGAAUUCAAUAUUGUUUAUUGGCUCUCCAUUUAUUGACGGCUUAGAUGGUUUGACUUGUAACAAUCUUUUCAUCUCCGACAUUCCAUUGCAUGAUGCAACCAGAGAAGUAAUACUAGUUGGGGAACAGACGAAAGCACAAGAUGGUCUACGACGACGAAUGGACAAACUUAAAAAUUCCAUUGAAGAGGGUAAUGCUGCUGUGGCCAAAGAACGAAAGAAAAACGUCAGCUUGUUGUAUCUCAUCUUUCCAGCCGAAAUUGCCGAGAGUUUAUGGCUUGGAUCAACAAUUGAUGCAAAAACUUAUCCGGAUGUUACAAUGUUGUUUUCCGAUAUUGUUGGAUUUACAAGCAUUUGUUCGCGUGCUACACCGUUCAUGGUCAUCAGCAUGCUUGAAGAAUUAUACAAAGAAUUUGAUGAAGCUUGUGGCUACUUUGAUGUUUAUAAAGUGGAAACCAUUGGUGAUGCAUACUGUGUUGCCAGUGGAUUACAUCGUGCUGGUUCAUUUGAUGCACAUAAAGUAGCAUGGAUGGCACUUCGUAUGAUGGAAGCAUGUUCCAAGCACAUCACUCACGACAGCCAACCGAUACGAAUGCGCAUUGGAAUACAUACUGGUACGGUAUUAGCUGGAGUCGUUGGUCGAAAAAUGCCACGCUAUUGUUUAUUUGGUCAUAAUGUAACCAUUGCAAAUAAAUUUGAAUCAAAUAGCAUUGAGCGCAAAAUCAACAUCAGCAACACAACGAGAGAAUGGCUCAUGAAACACCCAGACUUUAAAUAUGAAUUAACUGCCCGAGAUCCGAGCUGUUUACCAAAAGAGUAUACAAAUGCUGAAGGAAACUGUUAUUUCCUGGAUGGCUACAAACAUUCUACAGUUACCGAUGAAAAUGCUUCACUAGGCGAUCACAUCGAAGCAGGCAUGAGACAAAUUAUGGAAUAAAUGUCAUAUGUAUGUUCAGUUACAUUGUACUUCAUGUGAGUUCAGUGCAUAAAUCAAUGUAAAUCAAUGUUGAAAUCUAAAUCUUCUAAUCGAAAGAAAAAAAUAUUACAUAAUAUAUUCACUUGUAUACAAAUAAUAUACACAAUGUUCUACACAAAAAAAUUU